GUGGCAGGAUGUGUACCAAUUAAUAAGGCGACUGGAGAAAUCUUAUUAAUAACAUCACAAAGCGGAGAUGGAUGGGUAUUGCCUAAAGGUGGCUGGGAAGACGAUGAGACGCAACAAGAAGCAGCAGCUAGGGAAACAUAUGAAGAAGCUGGUGCACGCGGAAAAUUAUCAUUUAUUGGAAUAUGGGACUCUAAAAAAACUGGUAUAUCUCAUGCUACAUUUAUCUUUUUUGAGAUGGAAGUAGAUAAAUUAGAAGAUAAAUGGCCGGAAAUGGAUGUGCGAGAUAGACAGUGGUUUACAUAUGAUGAUGCAAUAAAAAUUUUAAAAAAACCUUUCAUGCGGCAGAUAGUAGAACAAUGCUCGUUGGCUCCCUCAAAUAAUUAA